GUUUUCCUCCUGCAAGGUGACAACCACCUGGUCACAAAGAGGAUGGACAAUGGUGCACAACCAAGCAAUUUCAGUAAUCCACUUUUUACGUGGUUGCCAUUUGGAACAUCGACAAUCCCACAUUGGUGACCCCGACUGAGCAUGGAUGCCGCAGACAGUUCACAAGCUGAAGUGUCCAGAGUGGCCAUGCAGCUCCCGCCGUUCUGGCCCGAGCGACCAGCCGUGUGGUUCGCCCAGGCCGAGGCGCAAUUCACCUUGGCCGGCAUUAGCAGUGAGCGCAUCAAGUUCUGCCACGUCAUCUCACAGCUGGACUAUCGGUACGCCACAGAGGUGGUGGAUAUCAUCACCUCUCCACCCAAAGGAGACCCCUACACCCUACUGAGGACCAAGCUUGUGAGGUGGCUAUCCCUAUCGCCAGAGCAGCGCAUCCAGCAGCUCCUCACGGCCGAUGAAAUUGGCGACCAUAAGCCAUCUCAGUUCCUGAGGUACCUCAAGAGUCUAGCACCAGACGUGUCUGAUGACGUCAUCCGAAGUGUCUGGACCAGCCCGCUACCCCGCAAUGUGCAGAGCUUCCUCGCCGGCCAGAACGAGAGCAACUUGGAGGCCGCAGCCCUCUGUGCGGACCGUAUCUCCGAUGUCGAAGUCCAGCCGGCGCUCGCUAGCGUUGGUCAAACCACGGACAACGGCACACUUCAGCAGGAGAUCGCUGACCUCUCCCGCCAAGUUGCUGCACUCAGCACCGGACAGGACCACCUUCACGCCCGCUUCAAGGGGCUCAACACCAAACCGAGAGACCGAGGCUCCAGUCCCAAGGAUUCCCGCCCCGCCUUUAACAGCCACCGGCCUGGCAGGAGAUCGCCCUCCCGUGGCGACACAACAUCCAGUACCUGAUGGUACCAUCGCCGUAUUUUGUUGUUUCAUGUUAUUCUUUUCAUUUUGUUGGGUUCAUUUGUUGUCUUUGUAAUCUUGUAA